CGAUUUUUAAAUCAGUGAUAAAAUUACCGGUAGUGAAAUAUCGCUCAUUACUAGUGUGUACUGUGGUUGGCGCAUUUUGUUUAAUUUUUAAUUGCUUGCGGAAAGAUAACGUUCCGUUUAACUACCCCCAUCGUCAGCAAGUUGCAGAAAUUCAUUUUACAUUGAAAAUGGCGGCGUCAGUAAAACAACUUUAUUUGCAUCCUUUGACUCUGGAAUCCACACUAUUCCUCAACUCCUUGGAAGUGUGCGGCAAAAUUUAUAACCGAAUUGAUCCCUAUCUUUAUGAUUCGUUGAGAAAUGUGGUGCUUGGAAUUGAAAAAUUCCUAGAUCAAAACCCUACCGUAAUAGAGGCCACGGAUGACUUUAUGUUUGUGACACCCAAAGAGUUGGAGGUAAUACAAAAGAUUUACCAUUGCACCUUUUGCAAGAAAAAUUUGGGCAAUACGGUUGACAAGGCCGCGAUCCAUUUGGCAGAACGACACCCAACUGCCAAAAGAGUAAAUUUGCCAAAGCGAGCGAAGGCGAUUGUUGAGAGCGAUUUCGGAAAAUUUUUCGCCGAUCAAUUGCAAGUAGCAGAGACAUUAAAACAAAUCGCGGAAUAUGACGUUAUAGAGAAUUCGCUGUCGGAUAUUCUUAAGGAAGUGUUUCCCGACAAAAGCAUCAAAAUGUAUAAAUUCGGUUCGCGAAUAACUGGUAUUGGUACAGGAAAUUCGGAUCUUGAUAUAUACGUUGAUAUCGGUGGACGAUUCAAUGAAUUCGAGCAUGCUGCCACAGCAGAGACGUUGCAAAUCUUCGACCGGGCUUUUUACGUUUUUAAAAAUAAAACCAUAGAUUGGCGCUUGAACCAUGCUGCUAGAGGUGCACGUAUACCCAUACUAAAGUUGACUAACACUAGGACUAAAAUAAAGUGUGAUGUUGGUUUUUCCAACAGUAUAAGUUAUUGCAAUAAGCAAAUGCUUGAAUAUAUUUUCCAACAACAGCCUAUAGCGCGACGAAUGUGCAUAUUCAUGAAAAAAUGGCUAGAGCUCACAGGACUUAAUAGGCGUAUAACUACGUACUGUAUGUCGUUGAUGGUAAUUUACUAUUUACAGAUCAACAAUUUUUUGCCCUCAAUUGAGACUCUGCAAAAGAAUAUGUUGGCCAAUGUCUUAGUUGGACCAUGGAUUAGCAACUUUAUUGAGAUACCCUUAACUGAAUUGAAAAUGGAAGUUCUUAGCGUCAGCCCAUCGAGUUGCAAGCAACACAUUAAAGAAUUUUUUAUAUAUUAUGCUGAUUUCGAUUAUGAAUCGCAUGUAAUAUGCCCCUAUUUUGGACGUACACAUAUAAAAAUAGAAAAUUUUGAAAGCCUAAUGCCGGAACGAUAUACCAAUUUUGUACAGAGCAAGAAUUCUGCCAAAGAUUUUGGCAUAGAAUUAGAUAAGCAUAUGGUCGUACAGGAUCCACUACGAAUGAAUCAUAAUGUGGCAGCGCGUGUGACUAAAGUAGAUUUGAUGGAGUGGCAGCAUUUUUUAAAGAAGUCAGCUGUGUUGAUAAUCGUUGUGAGAUCAUGGCGCAAUAAUGACUUAAUAUAUACUAGCAAAUAUCCGGCGUGCUUUGCGACGCAUCGUGAGUAAUUUUGCAUCAAAGUUAAGGAGAAGCCGUAUUGAAACUCAAAUGGGAAAAACCCCUUCAGGGGAAGAAUUUUGCCUUUAUUAGUAUCCAUAAUUCAUCUGGCCGGGAACUCUAGUAAGUUAAGAUCUAUCUUCACAAAUCAGUGCCGUAUCAGUUCGGUAUCAUUGCCAAUCAGCAUCGAUCAGUGAUACCAAUUCA